AUGGAGCGAACACCGCCAUCAUCAUCAUCAUCAUCAUCAUUAGAAACAAAUACUAGAACAACGACAAAUCCUGAACAUCAUCGAUGUUCGUUUAAUUUUCAUACAAAUAAUAUUUCAACUGAUUCAACAUUAACAAGAAAACAAGAAUCGACUAGAAAAAGACAAUUGAGUCAAACUGAUUCGUGUAAUAAAAUUUGUACUACAACAAGAAUAGUAACAGAUAAUAAUUGUCGAUUACAAACUAAUCCAACAAAUAAAAUUGAUGAAAGUCCAAUAACUCCAACUCGACCAAAAUCUUUAUUUCUAACAAACAGUACAACUAGUCGUCAAUAUUCAUCAUUACGUACAUGUCUUAGUAAUCCAUCGGCAUCACCUAGUACUUUGCUUCCGACUGAAGAUAAUUUACUUUCACCAUUAAAAUUUACAUCCUUACCAGAACUUUCUUCUCCACCAACUAAACGCCUUCGUCCACAAACAUUAAGUUUUGCACCCAUAUGUCCUUCUGUUAUCACAAGUCCAGUAAAAUCCAUUCUACCAUCAUCCUCAUCAGCAUCAUUACCAGUUGAUUUUAUUAGUCCAACUGAAUUAGCUGAUAAAUUAAAAGAAAAAAAUCCACUAACAAUUUUUGAUUGUGGUUCACCAUUACGUCAUAGUGAACAUCGUAUACGUAAUUCAAUUCUUCUUCGUGUUGCUGAUAAAAUUUCUCGUAAACGUUUGAAAACAAAUCCAAAACAACAUUCAACAAUUGAUAUAAAACAAUUAAAUGAUAGUCAAUGUAUUAUUUUAUAUGAUGAUACAACAAAUGUUCGUCGUCAUUGUACAAAUUCAUCAACUGUAAAUAAUGAUAAUCAAUUAUCAUUAGCAUUUAAAUGUGCAUGUGAAGAAAUUCAACGUUGUUUGACAAAUAAUAUUCCUUCAAUACUUAUUCUUAAUAGUCCAUUUAAUAAAUUUUUUGAUUUAUAUCCACAACUUUGUGAAUCUUUACAACCUCGUUCAUGUCCAUCAUCACCAACAAAUCAUACUGAUGAAUCACUACCACCACUGACAGCUCCGCCCAUACAAAAUUCAUUCUUACUAACAACAACAACAACAACAACACCAAAUCAAAAUGACAUUGACAAUCAUCCAAUGACACAUAUUAUCGAUGGUUUAUACAUUGGUAGUGAAUCAAAUGCAAAAAAUCUUGAAGAAUUAUCGUCUGAACAAAUUCGAUGUAUAGUUAAUGUCACAUCACAUGUACCUUUAUAUCAUUCUGAACAAUUUCAAUAUUGCCAUUUACCUGCUGAUGAUACACAAAGACAAAAUCUAUUAGAAUAUUUUGAUACAGCUUAUUCAUUUAUUCAUAAUGCUAUAGAAAAUAAUGAAAAAGUUCUUGUUCAUUGUGUUGCUGGUAUAAGUCGUUCACCAGCAAUUGUGAUUGGAUUUUUAAUGCGUUAUGCUAAAAUGAAUAUGAAUGAUGCAUAUGAUUUUGUAAAAAGAAAACGUUCCAUUGUUGCACCUAAUCUUAAUUUUAUGGGACAAUUACUUGAAUAUGAAAAAAAAUUAAAACAAGAAAAAUGA